AUGGACACCAAGGAAGUCGCCGUGCGCGCUCAAGCCCUCUCCAAAGCCCUGCAAGCCGACGAGCCCGCCGCCAACAUCUCCAACCUGCUCGACGAGCUGCGCAAAGGCGUGAGAGCCACGGAAGACCUCCUCCGCACCACCAAAAUUGGCGUCAUCGUGAACAGGACCAAGCAGCACAAGGACCCGGCCGUAGCGAGGAAGGGCAGCGAGCUGGUGUCAAAGUGGAAGCAGGACGUCAGGAAAGGCGGAAGCGGCACCGGCUCGUCGACGCCGCGGUCGAACGCGAACGGCACGGCAUCACCGGCGCCUGGAGCUGCUCCGUCGCCGAAACCUGCCGCGUUGGUGAAACCAAAGUCGAAGCUCUCAGUCGCUCCCAGCGAGCGGAAUUCGAAGGCGGACAAGGUGGACACGAACCUGACGGGCAAUCCGGCGAGGGACGGCUGUAUCAAGCUCAUGUACGACGGUCUGGCGCACAUGUCGGAAGAGUCACCAGAAGACGUCCUCCGCAUGGCCCGCUCCGUCGAACUCGCCGCCUUCAACGCCCACAACCACGAGACAUCCGCCGACUACAAAACGAAGAUGCGCUCACUCUACCAAAACCUCAAGAACAAGUCCAACCCCCAACUCCGCCAGCGCGUGCUCUCGGGCGAGAUAACUCCCGACCGCUUCGUCGUGAUGACACACGAGGAGCUCAAGUCCGAGUCGCGCAAGAAAGAGGACGCGGCGCUGGAGCGCGAGAACCUGAACAAGGCCAUGGUGGCCCAGGUCGAGCGGAGCAUCAGCGCCAGUCUGACGUGUGGGAAGUGCGGGCAGAAGAAGGUUAGCUAUAGCCAGGCGCAGACACGGAGCGCGGAUGAGCCGAUGACAACGUUUUGUGAGUGCACCAAUUGCGGGCAUCGGUGGAAGUUCUCAUAG